AUGUCAGUAUCGAUAGGAGUCUUCGAGAAACCGACAAUAGGGACAUACGUCAAUCACAUUUCAGAAUGUUUUCGAGCUUCUUCAUCUGAUAAUCUAAUCAAUUCAAUACCUUUCACAUCGGAUCAUCCAUUUUAUCGCCCUUUAGCACAAGCUGUAAUACAUCCACCAUCCACUUCAUCAUCUACAUCUACAUCUACAUCUACAUCUACAUCUGGAAAUGGUUUUGCGAUCCGUGCAGUCAAGAAUAUACCAGAUGAUCCAAUAAAUCAAUCAUCAAUAGCCCAAUAUUUGGAACAUUUGUCAAGUGAAAUCAAGGAAAACUUGUCUUCUUUCAUAGUUGCAGUGUUGAAAAAUGUCAGAGGGAAUGCAACGGAAUCAAACGAAGAAUAUGGGGAUUUCAUAAGAUUACAUCAAGUGCAUAUUGAAGCAAAUAAGUUAUAUGGAAUGACAAAUGAAUAUGGAUACAUUCACGCAUUUAUGAAUCCGUUAAUAGUCAAAUUGGCGAAAAGCUUAGUCGUAAAAUCGAAUCGUGCAGCAUCAGUAUCUAAUCUUCCUCUGAGAGAUCCGAAAUCAUCCAGAUCAAUAAGGGAUACUACUAGACAAGUCAUCGAAAGAUCAAUGCAAAUCUCAAAUACAACAAUGACCGAAUCAGAUUGGAAUUCUACAUAUAACCAACAACAUUUAGUUGGUGAUAUCGUUUGGGAAUUGGGUAAUAUACUUUUCAGGAUAUAUGCUGAGCGUAAACUCCAUACUCAAGCAGCAGAAUUGUCCCGUAGUCUGGAAUCUUUGACGCCCCACGAACAAAAGAGGUUCUCAUCUAGAGGUCAAAUCGUACCUGCCACAGUGAUAUGUCAAAAUUAUUACUGGAGAGGCAGAAUUCGAUUGAUAUUGUUAGACUUCCGAACUGCGAAAUACUGGUUGGAUAAAGCUUGGAAUAUCGUACCGCAGAAUCAACAUUCUUGGAAUCAGCGCAGAGCUAUUUUACUUCGAUUGAUACCUGUGAAUCUGCUACUAGGUCAAGUACCUUCGCAGACAUUACUACAAGAAUACAAUCUACCUCAUUUCUUGCCUCUCAUACAUGCCUUCAGAACUGGGAACAUACCAUUGUGGAGAAAUACGUUAGAAGGUCAAAAAGAGUGGCUUAGGAGAAGAUCAAUUUGGUUGAUAUUGUAUGAAAGAGGAGAAAUUUUGGUCUGGAGAAAUCUGUUGAGGAAUACGUUGAGAAUGUAUUAUCAACUUGAUCCAACUGCCCCUAAAAAUAAAUGUCCAACGUGGAUAUUCAUUUCCGUGAUGCACAAAACUUUCUUGGGAAGUGGUGAGGUCGAAGAUGGUAAUAUAGAGCUAGAAGAUAUCAUCUGUGUCAUAUCUAGUUUGAUUGAUCAUGGUUUGGUCCUUGGUUUCUUGUCGUAUUCUCACAGACAACUAGUCAUGAAACCUUCUCCGCAUGGAUUCGGUGGUUUCCCGAAGAUAUCGACUGUCGAACCUAGGAAAACACAAGCUAUAGCGUAA